CAGUUGCUUAGUUACCACCGGGGGACCUGCAGCGAACGGUGCAUUCCUUAAAGAACUGUCAGUGGUAGAUUGCUAAAUUACUUCUUACAGAUGAUGGACGAAGGAUCAGAGCUGUCAGUGACAAUCGCCCAGGUAGUCCAGCGGUUGAAAGGAACCCAUUUACAUUCACAGCUGGAGAGACAGGCCAAAGAGUGCUUGCACAGACCCGAAAUUAAGCUUGAAUGUCUCAAAGAGGAUGUACGGAAUUUCUUAAAGAAAUCAGGCUGGGAGAGGAAGCUGCAGAAUGCGGUGUAUCGGGAGUUACACGUUCUGCCCCCACCCAGCCAUUUGGCUGCGCCCCCCGAGCACACGAAGGAGCCGCUGGCAUACAUGCGCAAAGCUCAGGCCAGCUGGGAGAAUCGGAUCCUCAAAAGCUUGAACAGCAUGUGCGCGGAGCUGGGCAUCCCUUUGGCCCGCAAGAGAUCUGCCCAGCAGCAGAAGGAGCUGAUCAACAAAUGGAAUGAGAUGGGGACAGAUGAACCAGAUCUGAGCCAUUUCAGGCCUGUAUAUGCCCCUAAAGACUUCCUGGAGGUUCUGAUCGGCCUGCGGAACCCCAAUCACGACUGCAGCGACAGGGCCAGCUCCCGGUGCCACUGGGGCCUGAUCCAGGUCCCCCUCAACGUCAGAGGCAUCCAGCAGAUGAGAGAAGCUUUCCCAGAACUGGGGUUGAUGGCUGGCCAGUUGGGGGUUGAUGAUCACACUCAUGUUCCCCCAGAUUUGUUUGAAGCGGAGCACGUGCGCGUCGGGAAAAGAGUGGUCAGUGAGCAGGACUCUGCAGCUGCGCAGCAGUACAGUCGGCAGGGCUGUCCCACAGGACUGCGAGCUGAUCUCUGGACCCUCAUCCUCAACUCAACCAAUGAACCGGAGGAUGUCAUGCACUACGAACAGCUGAAAUCUGCAGUGAUCAUUCACGACCUUCUGGUGGACAACUUAAUCUACAAGGACGUGAAACUCACAGCCAGUAACGAUGACUACUACUUUGUGUUUGAAGACUACUUGUAUCAGGUCUUGCUGUGUUUUUCACGGGACACCGCGGUGCUGGAGCACUUCAGCUACAAUAGCGCCACCCCUCCCAAGUCAUACAUCCGAGAAAAGCAGGGAAAAGAAGACUAUGCUGUGGUUUAUCCUCCAAAUGGUGUUAUACCUUUUCAUGGCUUUUCCAUGUAUGUGGCCCCUUUCUGCUUCCUGUACAACGAGCCGUCCAGACUUUACAGGGUCUUCAGAGAGAUGUACGUGCGCUACUUCUUCAGGCUUCACUCCAUCUCCUCCUCACCCUCAGGGAUUGUGUCGCUCUGUCUGCAGUUUGAGAAGUUGCUGCAGACACACCUUCCUCAGUUGUUCUACCACCUGCGUGAAGUGGGAGCGCAGCCGUUGCGUAUCGCCUUUAAGUGGAUGGUGCGGGCCUUUUCUGGUUACCUCUCCACCGAUCAGCUCUUGCUGCUGUGGGACAGGGUUCUGGGAUACGACUCUCUGGAGAUAGUGGCAGUCCUGGCUGCAGCUGUUUUUGCUUUCCGAGUGGAGAACCUGAUGGAGGUGAUGUCACUGGCCGCAGCUGAGGCAGUCCUCGCUGACCUUUCAACUCUGAAGGUCAUGCCGCUGCUCCAGAUCUUCCUGUUUGCCACGGCCACCUGAGGGGCGCCAGGGAGCAGGGGGGGCGCCAAGCCGUUCCCACGGCAACGGAGCAGCCGUCCGUCACGACCCCCACCCUGUCCGGGAUACAAAACACGCACAUUAUUACUUAUUUAUGUAUGGCUAUCCAUGUCCGACACAUUUGUCUGCUCAAUUCAGCAGAGUACUUGAUCAUAUUCACCCAGCAUGGAAUGUAAAAUAUGUCCUUAUAUACCUCAUAGUGUAUACAGUGUAAAUAUAUUCCAGUAUGUAGUAUUCCUACUUAUAACCUUGAUAUAUAACCCUCCUAGAGAGGAUUAAACUGUAAUAUAUAUAGUACAUAAUUGCCAAUGCUUCUAACUCCAAAGUGUGUAAUCUAAGCAGAAUUUGCAUGGGACACUGUAUAGCAUUACACUGUCACUAUUGACAGGAUCCAGAUCUGUGUGCGGAAGUUUUUCAGCAUUGAGCGUUAAUGAGGUGUUGCCAUUAGUUUGUUCUUACCACCAGCGCCCAUUUAGCCAGUGCUGAGUGCUGAGUCUGCAGGAGAGCAUGUUUCAUUGAUUUUGUAGUGCCAUAAUCAUCUGUAUUUAUCAACCUAGGAAUGUACCUUUACCUCACAAGCAAUCACUGGGAAAUAAUUGUCAUUUUCCUCAUUUUUAUGACCACCUAUGAAAGUGUUUAUUGUCAUAAUUUUUUGUUUAUUUAAUAACUGAAUAAGAUGAAAAGGACAAGCGGUACAGGUGAGUGAUGUACGGAGCGGAGUUACCCAGGAGUCUCUGGUGGUGCCCGGCAUUAUCCAGGCACCUCUCUCCAUGAUCCUUGGACUCACACACUGAGCUCAUCACAGGAACAGAGCAUUUUAGAGUCUAAUUAGUACGCUGAUUAAAAUGAACCAUAGUGGGACUAACGCUGUGCCCAGGUCUGGCCGUCCAGCGAGGUUGCUGCUUUCUUCUACGGAACCCCCUGAGUGGAACGCUGAUCACAGAACAGGAGGCGUGCUGAGUUGCCUUAUCGAAAUCUGCGGGACCUCCACUCCACCACUGAACCGGGGUCAGCCAGAACCUGCCGGAAUUACAAGGCCACUGACCCAGUGACACUGACCUUCCCACAGACCUCCACAGUCAGUUGACUGAAAGCGCGUGUUGACCCUGUUUAGCCGAGCACCAUGUCUUUGAGAAAAGGUGCAGUAUGAAAGCCUUACCCCAGGAAGCUUGUUUUGUAGAAGGAUUCUGUCGGCUUCCCUCAGGCGAUUAAGUUAAUUAGCAGAUACAGACUACAGUUCUCCACUCAACUGGGGAGAUAUCUUGAUUUAGGGCGUCCCACGGUUUUGGUGAUGCAAGCACCACUAUUUCUGUUCCGUGCAGAAGCUCCAGGGCUCCAGCCUGUCUUUAUAGCCUGUGUGUGAUGGUAUCGCUGACCCCUGACCUUUCCUCCUGUUCGCAGCCAGUGUCAAAGACGAGACGCGUUAUGAAACAAGUUUUUAUUUAUUUUUAUUUCCCGGGAGAAAAUAAAUGGAUAAACGCUUGUUCCACCGCAAAUCCACAAAUGAAAAUAAAUUGAAGAACUCUUUUCCCACAGUCCCUUGUGAAAUUACUCACCUCUGGCUCUACUUUUUGCAGGAAGCCAAACGAAUAUCUCGGCAGUGUAGGGCAGACUGCCAGCUGUUCUCUGCAAUAUGGAAUCUUUGUUCAUGGCUAAAAAGCCGUAAACAUACACGUUAUGAUUUAGAUGAUGAAAAUGAUAAUAUUAAUGCAUGUCAAGUUCCAGGCUUACUUGCUUAUUUUAUCUCCUGUCCUAGGUUUACGUUGCAAAGUCGUCGUCUCAAAAUAAAGUAGUAUCUAUUGUCUUUA